UUAAGAGUGGGUAUAUAUUGCAUUAGCAGUCCUGAGGAUUCAACCAGUCCUUUCUCCAGGGAGAAGACAGAAGGAACGGUUCAGCUCUCAGUUCUGAGACUCUGCUUCAAGGGGAGCAAGAGCCCUUCCCUGAAAUCCUCCCACGAUGCUGAGGCUCCUGCUGCUGCAGGUGUUGGCCAGCUGCCUCUGGCUAGGACACAGCGAAGUGGUGACGUCCUUUGCAAGCUGUCCCCAGUUUUUCUAUGGGGGAACCCCCCCAAAUAAUGUCCUGGAGCCACAGAACCCAGCCUGGAUCUGCCAGCGCUACAAGAACCAAUAUCACUUUGCCACCCUGUAUGACAGGAAGAUGCGUAUUCCAGUGUACUCUGCUUACAUCUACAGUCCUGGACCUGGCAACAGAUUUACGUCAUGGUUUGUUGAGCCCCAGCUGAUCAACCCAUCUUUUUCCAAGGAUAUGGAUACAGAGAUAUCCAUUGCAAAUCGAUACAAAGUCACUCCACAGCAAAUUGGCCAGAGUCAGGCUAUCAACCAAGACUACAAGAAACUCCAGGGUUUAGACCGUGGUCACUUGAGCCCCAGUAGCCACCGAAGUGGUAACAACAACAAGUGGGCUACCUUCACCCUCACCAACAUAGUGCCCCAGAACAGCACGCUCAACAAGGGUGCCUGGAAAGACUACGAGAACCAAAUGAUGGCCCAGCUAACCCAGGGCUGUACAACCACCUAUGUCAUUGUGGGUGCUGUGCCUGGGAACAAGUACAUCUCCAAUAAGAGGGUUAAUGUACCCAGCCACCUCUGGUCAGCUGCCUGCUGCCAGACCAACACCAUCAGGAAGACUUGGGCCGUCAUUGCUGAAAACAACAAGAAUCAGGUCCAGAACCUCCCCCUGGCACAGCUGGAGGCCAGGUUGACCACCCUCUAUAGGAAGGGAAAGGUCUCUCUGUUCCACAGUGAUUGUCCCCGCUAACAAACCUCAUAUCCUGGGUGGAAAAGGCUUGAGAGCUUUUCCCUCAUGUCAUAGAAUCCCAGAAUCCCAGAAUCCCAGAAUCCCAGAAUCCCAGAAUCACAGAAUCCCAGAAUCACAGAAUCACAGAAUGGGUUGUGUUUUAUGGGACUUUAAAGAUCAUCUUGUUCCAUCCCCUUCCCUGCGCAGUGACAACUUUCACUACACCUGGUUGCUCCAAGCCCCAUCCAACCUGGUCUUGAACACUUCCAGACAUGGAACAGUCACAGCUUCUCUGCUCACUCCAUGACAUUGCCUCACCACCCCCUCUGUGUAGAAUUUCUCCCUAACAUCUCAUCUAACCCUGCCCUUUGUCAGUGUGAAAACAUUCCCUCUUGUCCUGUCACUCCAUGCCCUUGUCCAAAGUCCCUCUCCAGAUCUCUUGGUGAACUUCUAGCUAGUGGAAGGGGAUCCAACUUCUCCACACAGCCUUUUCUUGUCGAGGUUGAACACCCUCAGCUGGCUCAGCCUGUCUCCAGAGCAGAGGUGUUCCACACCUUGGCCUCCACUGGACUCCACUCCAAUAUAAUUUUGUCCUUCUCAUGUUGU